CGGUAUUUUUAAAACGUGCAAAACCCAGUUGCACCGCGUUCACCGAAAUGAAAGUUCUACUGUGUCUUCGUGCGAGUCCUUACGAACCUUCGUAACUCUGCAGGUGGGGUACAUAACAAGAAGGGGGAUGCUGGAACCCACGCGCGACAUUCUCCCGAGACAUUUAAACUAGAACAGUUCCUGAUCGUGUCCAGAAGACGCUACACGGUUUGUUUUGGAAAGCUAUCGGGUCGGUAUUUCCUCUUUGCGCGGGUGCAACAUAGUGUUUAUACGAACACGUCAAUCUCGAUUAAGCCAAGGAUUAGUGGUAACAAUUGUCUCUAAUCAUUGUCCGUGAUGAUAACGAUGAAAGUGGUAAUCCUCCUAGUUGUGGUAGCAACAACUGGAGCUUUGCCCCUCUCGAAGGUGCACGUGAAAUUCAUAUCUCCGCCGCAUAUUUAUGAGCACGGUAUUACGACAGAUGGGGACCGAACGAUCGAUCAGAGAUCUUACAUCUCCAUCGGUAGGAGAAGCACGACAGGAAGCCCAAGGGAGUUUGGUAAACGUCUGGGCAACAAAGGCAAUGCACCCGUGGAUAUUAAGCGAGAAAAUGCUGAAGCUCUAUGGCCAGUAGGUGUCUUUAUACCGCCGAUAGAUAUAAAUGACCUUGGUUACAGCUCACGUGAAUCGAGGCACAUGACUCCUGACUUUUCCAACGGACUCACCUAUCACGACCCCUAUCUGUUAACCGGUAAAAAAGCGAUGUUGACAGUAAAAUAUCUUUAUGGCCAAGGCGAAUUGUUUUAUGACGACAUUCCGCACGAGAGAGCGCUGCUAAAAAAUCAGGAAGAAAGAAGACGAAACGGCCUGUUCGAUCUAAUAUUGAGAAGCUUGAGAACCACCUCUCCGUUCUCAAGGAAGUCUUAAUGUAAAAACAUUUAUUGA